CCUUUGCACCAAACCAGAAGCUUUCUUCUUUUCUCUAUCUCUACAACAUGUUGUUUGUUUCUCUAUCUCUCUCUAGAUUCUAGUGUGCGCCUAUUAGUAUUGACUCCAUUGAAAUCAGCUUAAAACUGAAUCGGAUUGCCUAAAAUUAACUUGUGCUCUUCUUUCUGUAUUUCUGAACAAUGGGCAGAACCAGAUUCUGUCCUCUAAUACAAAUCGUUGGCCUCUUCAGAUCUUAGUGAUGUAUCGGCAGGAUUUGGGAUCUGGGUUUCAAUCUGAAUAGUGGGAGUUGGAUAUAUCUGGCUUUGAAUCUUUGAUCUGGGAUUUUUCGGUUAAUGCUGAUUGAAUUCUGGGACUGAAAGCCGUUUCCUUUGCUUCUGUUCCCAAUCGAUUCUCCGGAAGAUUAGCUUAGAUAUCGAUUGGUGAAGGAAUCUCUUGUUCCUCCGAGAGGUUUCUGACUCGUUGCCAGACUCUAAUUUUUUACCUUUCUGGUUGAUUAUCGAUUUCUUAAGAGCAAAAAUGCAAUCUGACAAUGGCAAGCUGUUCAUCGGAGGGAUAUCUUGGGACACCAAUGAGGAGCUUCUCAAGGAGUAUUUCAGUAGCUUCGGAGAAGUGAUUGAGGCAGUGAUCAUGAAGGAUCGUACCACAGGCCGUGCCCGUGGUUUCGGGUUUGUGGUUUUUGCUGAUCCGGCUGUUGCAGAGACUGUUGUAAAGGAGAAGCAUAACAUUGAUGGUAGAUUGGUUGAAGCAAAGAAAGCUGUUCCUAGAGAUGACCUGAACAUUAUAAAUAGGAGCAGCAACAGUAAUAGCAUUCAAGGGUCUCCGGGUUCAGGCCGCACAAAGAAGAUUUUUGUUGGUGGAUUACCUUCAUCAGUAACGGAAAGCGAUUUUAAAAUGUAUUUUGAGGAGUUUGGUACAACUACAGAUGUCGUUGUAAUGUUUGACCAGAACACACAGAGACCUAGAGGUUUUGGAUUUAUAACUUAUGAUUCUGAGGAGGCGGUGGAAAAAGUAUUGCUAAAGACUUUUCAUGAGCUUCACGGUAAAAUGGUUGAGGUCAAGCGAGCUGUCCCUAAGGAGUUAUCGCCAGGUCCAUCUCGCAGCAGCCCAUUAAGAGGAGGUUACAGCUACGGAGUUAACAGGGUCAGUAACCACCUUAAUGGAUACAAUCUCGCUGGGGUAGGAGUAGGAGGCUAUGGACUUGGCAUGGAAGGUCGGUUCAGUCGAGUUGUUGAUCCUGGACGAACCGGGUAUGCUCCUUUUGCUUCUGGCUACAGGAUGAAGGUGAAUUUUGAGGAGGGAGUGCCAAAUAGUUUUACUGGGGAUGCAAACGUUUCUUAUGGCCGUGGAUUGAGCCCGUACCAGAUUGGUAGCAUGCACAGGUAUGGCUAUGAAGGAGUCAAUGGAGGGAACUCGUCUUUCUUCAGUUCAGUCACGCGGAGCCUAUGGGAAAACAGAGAUCUUACCUAUAGCAACGCUACAAACUCAAAUUCCAAUUCAUAUGUGGGAUCAACAGGUGGGAACACUCUAAUAAGUCGUCCAUCUGGAAGUUCCGGAGUUAGUUGGGGGCCUGGAAGCACUGCACAAAAUGGAAGGAACAAUGUUAGUGUUGACGAUGUGAAGUUUGGUUAUGGAGGAAAUAAUAGUGAAUCUAGCUUUGGGUUGGGAACAGGAGGAUAUGUAAGAAUAGCGCCAUCUUCUUCUACCUUGGUGAGAGCAAACACUGGCUAUGAUGUAGGUCUUGUAGAGUUUCAUGAGAAUGGUGUGGUUUAUAGUGAUCCUAAUUAUAGAGCUUCUUCACCCGAGAAAGAGGGUCUUGGCUCGUUUGCCUAUGGGAUUGGAGGUGCUUCCUCUGUUUCAGCUAAAAGCUCAACUCCAGGAUAUGUUGGCGAUUACAGUGUUAACAGGAGACAAUCACACAGAGGCAAGUCAAUUUAUGAUUGAUCUGCAAUAAAAACAAGCUAUUCUUACAUCUAUAUAUAUAUAUAUGUGUUCUUUAUUACAGUUUUCAUAUCUCUGUUGCAGGAAUAGUUACUUAGUAUAAGAUGAUUUUGGCUUACCGCGAAAUUGUAUAUUGAGACAAGGUGAAGACUAGUUUCUCUUGGCGAAUCUUAUAUAACAACUCCAUGGGAUGAAAAUCCCUUCAUCGCUUCCAGAGUAUCCUGUAGUUUUCUUCUCUCUAAACUUGGCUUUCUUCUUUUCCUUGUUUCCUUGGUUCCAUUAGAGAGAUCAUAUCGGGUUUGGGGGAUAGAUUCAAAAGAAUGUAUUAUGUUAUCUCCCCAAGGCAAGGUGGCAAAUGCAUAUAUUUUUUCACCCAAAAAAAAUAUUGUUUCUUCUUCGGUUAUCUUUGUGUUUGAAGCAGAUUGUAGUAGAGGAUGUUUCUAUUAUCAUUUUAGCUUCUUUUUUUUGUAGUUGUUAUAACUUUGCAAAUUCUUUGUUCCCAAGCUGCUUGUAUGUCUAAUGCGAACACAAACUCGUUUGGUUGGUGUAUUUUUACUUAUAGAAACAGUUUU